AUGGGCUGUGAUUUACUCCGGUACAGCACCAAGAUGUACCAUCUUGCUGAACCGAUCAACAAACACAAGAAUAUUCGUAUUCUCAUGAACGUCUUUGGGAAAUCCAAAGACGAAGUCCAUCGAUACGGACUGCCAACACUGCUGGAAUCGGUAGAGGCUGCAAGGGUGCGCGGGAUGAAGGACUAG